AUGGUGUAUGAAGCAAAGCCAUUUGAUCCAAUCACUGUGAAGCCCAAUAACAAGCAGCGUGUCGCAUAUUUUUAUGAUGCCGAUGUUGGCAAUUAUGCGUAUGGGGCUGGACAUCCUAUGAAGCCACAUAGAAUAAGAAUGACCCACUCCCUUAUCAUGAACUAUGGCCUUUACAAAAAGAUGGAGAUAUAUCGAGCCAAGCCUGCCACGAAACAAGAAAUGUGUCAAUUCCAUACAGACGAGUAUAUUGACUUCUUAUCUAGGGUUACGCCAGAUAACCUAGAUAUGUUUCAAAAAGAGACGGUGAAGUUCAAUGUUAGUGACGAUACACCAGUGUUUGAUGGGCUGUAUGAGUAUUGUAGUAUAUCCGGGGGUGGAUCCAUGGAAGGAGCUGCUCGAUUGAAUAGAGGCAAAUGCGAUGUGGCGAUUAACUAUGCGGGUGGCCUUCAUCAUGCCAAGAAAGCCGAAGCAUCCGGAUUUUGCUACCUCAAUGACAUUGUCCUAGGCAUCAUCGAACUUUUAAGAUAUCAUCCAAGAGUACUAUACAUCGAUAUUGAUGUCCACCAUGGCGACGGCGUGGAAGAAGCGUUCUACACGACAGACAGGGUGAUGACUUGCUCAUUUCACAAAUAUGGAGAAUUUUUCCCAGGUACAGGAGAAUUGAGAGAUAUCGGAGUUGGAAAAGGCAAAUAUUAUGCCGUUAAUGUCCCUUUGAGGGAUGGAAUUGAUGAUGCGACCUAUAAAUCGGUUUUUGAACCUGUAAUUGGUAAAAUUAUGGAGUGGUACCAGCCAUCUGCAGUUGUUCUCCAGUGUGGAGGUGACUCGUUGUCAGGUGAUCGACUAGGUUGUUUCAAUCUUUCCAUGAAAGGUCAUGCAAAUUGUGUUAACUACGUCAAAUCGUUUGGAAUUCCGAUGUUAGUUGUUGGUGGUGGUGGUUAUACGAUGAGAAAUGUGGCCAGGACGUGGGCAUUUGAAACAGGGCUACUUAAUAACGUGAUUUUAGACGAGGAAUUACCUUAUAAUGACUAUUAUGAAUACUAUGGUCCGGAUUAUAAGUUGGAUGUGAGGCCCUCUAAUAUGUUCAACGUUAAUUCUCCGGAAUACCUGGAUAAAGUGUUGAUUAGCAUUUUUAAAAGUCUAGAGAACACUAAGUAUGCCCCUAGUGUUCAGUUGAAUAAUGUUCCCAAUGAUCCAGAAGAUCACGGUGACAUUGAAGAGGAUACGGUAGCAGCUAAAGAUACGAGAGGGGGCUCUCAAUAUGCUAGAGAUCAAAUAAUCGAGAAGGAUAACGAAUUUUAG